UAUAAAAAGUAAAUUUGUACUAAAAUGGUGCCUUUCUUGUUAACGUGUCCAUUAAAUUCUAGAUCUAAAUAUUUCCAUUUAAGUGUCAUUCUAUUGUUUACUUUAUAUAAUACAGGAUUUGAUGGAAAAUUAUCCAGUGCAUAUGCUAAAGCAGCAACUGAAGAUACCCAUCUAUUACCCACUGUCGUAAUUGCAACUCUAGUAAGAAACAAAGCCCACAGUUUGCCUUGGUUUUUGGGCCUUCUAGAAAAGUUGGAAUAUCCAAAACAAAGAAUUUCCUUAUGGAUUGAAAGUGACCACAAUAUUGACAACUCCACUGCAAUUCUCAGAGAAUGGCUAUCUGCUGUGAGCCACUUCUACCAUCAAGUGGAAGUUAAUAUAAAUAAUACAAAAGAAGGAUACCCAGAUGAAACAUCACCAUGUGAAUGGACUGAGACCAGAUUUUCAAAUGUGAUAAGAUUAAGGGAGAAAGCCUUGAAUUAUGCCAGAAAUAUAUGGGCUGAUUAUUUAUUUAUGAUUGAUGCUGAUGUGACCUUAGAAAAUGAAAGAACUCUCCAGUUGCUGAUAGAACAAAACAAAUUUAUUGUUGCUCCCAUGCUCAAUUCUUCAGUGUCUGGUUAUUAUUCCAAUUUUUGGGGAGGCAUGUCAGAUAAGGGCUACUACAUCAGAACAAGUUUUUACCUCCCCAUUGUUGAGCGUGAAAUCAAAGGUAUAUUCUCUGUGCCUAUGGUGCACUCAGCUUUCUUAGUGGAUCUGAACCAUCGGCUGUCCCCUCUCUUGUCUUACAGUCAGUUGCCAGACUAUACUGGACCUAAAGAUGACAUUAUCAUAUUUGCCAACAAUGUUAAACUUUUAGGGGAGACUAUGCAUAUACUCAAUACAGAAUAUUUUGGUAAAGUAAUGAUGCCCCUGGACAAAAGGUUCACUCUAGCAGACGAGAGUGCACAAUUUGAUUAUGUUAAAUUGGAAGCCAUGGUUGAAGAAGUUCCACCACUGUACAGCUCACCCCAUGUCUACAUUCCUGAAAGACCAAAAGAUAAACUAGGUUUUGAUCAGAUCUACAUGAUUAAUUUAAAAAGACGUCCUGCUCGACGAUUUAGAAUGUUGAAAGCUUUUGACUAUUUGGGCAUUGAGGCCAAGGUCAUAGACGCUGUGGAUGGCAAAGAACUGAAUGACACAUACUUAAAUAAAUUAGGUGUACAGAUGUUACCUGGUUUUGCUGAUCCUUACCAUGGGAGAGCCAUGACUAUGGGAGAAAUAGGAUGUUUUCUGAGUCAUUACUUUAUCUGGAAAGAGGCAAUUGACAAGAACUACCAGAAAAUUCUGAUAUUUGAGGAUGAUGUGAGAUUUGAAGCAUACUUCAGAACCAAGUUAGCCAACAUGAUGUAUGAACUUGAAAGUACAUUUAAAGUUUGGGAUCUUGUGUAUCUUGGAAGAAAGAGACUUCGUCGUGACCUAGAAAGCAUGGUUGAAGGAAGUGACAGACUGGCCUGGCCUCACUAUUCAUACUGGACAGUCAGCUACAUUCUAUCUCAUCACGGUGCAGUCAAGUUGCUUAACCAGAAUCCUUUAUCCAAAAUGGUGCCUGUGGAUGAGUUCUUACCUAUCAUGUUUGAUCGGCACCCAGAAGACGGCUGGAAGCUCCAGUUCUCACCAAGAGAUUUGAUUGGUUUGUCUGCUGAGCCUUUUCUGGUCUAUCCAACCCAUUAUACUGGGGAACCUAACUACUUUUCAGAUACAGAAGACUCAGUAGUCAUAGACAAGGAGCCAGACCAGAAGACAGCCAGGCCAGUAGGAGAGGAGCAGCAGGAUGUCCAGGAAGAAGAUCUGAGCAAGAUGGAGGCUCAGCUUAAACUUGAAGUGCCUACAUUCAGAGAAGAACUUUAAAUCAAAAUUCCACACAAAUCAAAUAUAUUUAUUGUUAGGUUUAAAUAGUGAUUUUUUUGUUUGUUUUGCAUUGAAAGUGUUCAUAUUAAUAGUAGUCACAUCAAACUCUUCCAAAAUCAGUUUUAUUUACAAAAAAUUGAAAUAUUAGACAUAUGUUGUGAGCAGAAAUAAUACGUAUAUUUAUUGUUCACAUAUUUGUUAAAGUUCUGAAGCUGGAACAUUGAAAUGACAUCUAAUUGUGAUAUAAAAUGUGAUGAAUAAUGCUAAUGUUCCUUGAACAAUGUUAUUGAGCCAUGGCUUGCUGUUUCAAAUGUCUUCCUUAGAGAUCUCCCAUGUUAAUUAAAUUCUGCUUUGGAUUUGUGUUCUUUUUCAAUCAGCAUAAUGCUUUGAAGUAGCUCUUCAUUUUUUGAUGCAUAUGAAUCUCUUGACUUUAUUUCUUGCAUGCCUAUUGACCUUUCCCAAAGUGCAAACCUUUUUUUGUGUAUUAUCAAAUAUCAAUGUAUGAAUAUUAAAUUGAUUUAUGUAACCAAAAAAAAAAAAAUAACCAUGUAUAGUCAGCAUCUUUAAAAAUUCAAAUGUUUUAUACCAGAUAUUAUACUUGCAUUAGUUAUAGAAGAUUGUUCUUUCUGUCAAACAGUGGUUCUUUCAGUAAAGAUAUACACACAUUUUUUGAGGCUACACAAUUAACGAACAACAAUGUUGUGGCACUUGAAAAUUGUACUUUCGUUUCCCAGCAUUCUAUUUCCUAUUUUGUACUUUUAUUUCAGGCAUAAUUUAUAGGUCUGGUUUUUCAACUUGUGUGUUCUUGUUGCUCUUGGUGAGUAGCUGCUUCAUCAUUGUUUGAACAAGUUUGUUGCAGCUGUUGUUUUUUUUGCCAGACCUACUUCAGUAUCCUUGUCAUCUUCUACAAUGGCAGAAAUGUUUUUAUUCUAUUUUAUUUUAAAGACUGGUUGUAGUGUAGCUUGUGAGAAAUUGACUUUAUUUUAACAGCAACGAUUUAGAUGUAGAUAAGUUCUGCAUAAUUUGCUCUCUAUAUGUGUAAAAGUCAUUGUUGUCUUAUUUACUGUACUACCAAUGAAAUAUUUGUAUCUUUGAAAUCCCAUCAUAUCAAGUACCAGUCUUGGAGACUUGUUUUGUUAUCCAAAUUUAAAUCCACCAACUCAGUUAACUUUUUAAUGUUUUGAUUUCUUUUACUCAGAGCAGUUUAUUUGUUGAUCAACUUGCUCUUUUAUAUGUUAACAAAGAGUUUUUAAGUACCGGGAUGUUAUGAUUCAUAUGCAUCAUUUAUUAGUAGAAUCAGCAUUCAUUUUAUUUGUUCAUUGUUUUUGUUGAUCUGUAUCUGGUCUUGCCAAUGUUUUCAUUAUUUUAUAUUAUUUCAUACCUAUCAUUUUCUUUUUCUCUUUCUCUCGCAUUGUGCUGAAUUUAAAACCUUUGAUAUCUUAUACAAAUGACUUGAUAUUACGGCAAUGAUUGAAAUUAUCUUUAAAAAAAAUGGUAUGCAAUAUUAGAAUAUUUUUUUUACAUAGACUUUUUUUGUGAUUAACUUUUUUUUUUUAUGUUUACAGCAUUUCUAAUUGUUUUAUUGAAAUUUUUCGACAUAAUAUUGAAUGUGCACAACUUGUUUGAAUUUACCUCAGUAUGCACAACUGUUUGACAGACGUCUUGUACACAACAAGUUGACUUAGACCUCUUGUGCAUGUAACAGAUUGUAUAGAGAUUAAAAUGUACAGGAUUAAAUGACAUGUCAGUCUACACAACAGAAUUAAACCUGUUCAGUAGUUUGAAAAAACUAACAUAAUGUGGUAACAUCUAAUGUUUUUAUUUAAUUUUAUUAUUAGGUGCAUACUCAUUGAAAAAAAACAACAUAAUUUGUUUUAUAAAAAUAUUUUUAUUUUAAAUUGUUAAUAUUAGCAUAGUAUUCUUGACUGAAAAGAAAAAAGUUUUAAAUAGUUAUAAUAUUUAAAUAAAUUAACAUAACAUAGUAAUUCAUCAUUGUGAUUAUAUUCAGUAAAAAUUUGUUUUUGCAUUCUAUAAAUUAUUAUUAUUGAACAAAAUCUUGUUUGGAUCAAUAUUAUUUACAAAAACUUGAUAUGAUCAAUUGGUUUACUGCUUAAAACACUUGUUAAAAUAAUUUCUAUCUAAUCUUUUCAUUACGAGUCAUCAAUCAAAAUAAAAAUACCUCGUAUAUCAAUUUUACCUAUGACUCUAUUUUAUAUUGGCUGUUUGCUAGAAGCAGUAAAAUUAAGUUAGCAGACUUAUGUUCCAUGUUACAAUAACAUUUCUUUGUCAAAGAUUUGAAUUUCUUGAUCAAAUGUCAAAUAUUCUGUUCUUUUUAAAUGUAAACAUUUAUUUGUGAUGCAUCUACAGUUAUUAUAUUAUGUUAUUUUAUUCUAUAUGCUGAUAUAUGAAGGCAUUUUAAUUGUUGUCUUGAGUUGAAUUAAUCAAAACUAUUGGAACCCAAUCUAUUUUAUUACUCAUUACUGCCUGCCAACAAAAUGUUCAUCUUUACUGCCGUCCAUGAUUUAUGUGCUAAGCUUAUUUAACUUUCUCUUUACUUUCUAUACACUUUUUUUGUUGGUCAUUAAACUCUUUUAAAGUUU